AUGGAACCGGUGAGCUUUGCGGUCGGCAUCAUAGGCCUUGCAGGUUUAUUCAACACCUGUUUGGAUAUCUUGGACAAAUUCGAUUCCUGGCAAGGCUUUGGAAGAGACUCGCGGAACCUAGCUGCUCAGUUCAAAGCCCAUAAAUUGCGUCUCGAGAGAUGGGGGCAAUCUGUGGGAUUGAAAGAUGGAGGAAUGUUGGAUGUGCAUCACAAGGCUCUGGACGACCCGCGGGUUCUGUCUACAGUCAACGAGCUGCUUUCAGCUGUGAAAGACGUCUGUUCUCUAGGCGAUGAUAUGUUUGCCCCAUCUGCAUUUGCAUCAGAUAGAAUGGUCCGAAAUCAAAUGCCGUCCCGUAAUCAUAUUCGCACGAAAGAAUCCAGAAUGCAGAAAUUCAACUCGUCAUUGAGAGAUAAAGCGAAACGAAUCACACAAGUUGGACAAUUUGCAUCUUUGGUCGACAUUCUUUACAAAUUGAUUCCGAUUGGAAGUGAGGAAGAGAAAUCCUCUCAAAUUGGAAAAUACAGAAAUAGCGGUGGCUCAUCGAUGCGCUCGAAUGAGAAUGUCUUUGACCAAAAGGAUUUAAACACACAGUUUGGGGACCUGCUAAGCAGGCUACAGAAUGAGAUGGAAGCCGAAGCAAAACGGGACAUGCAUACCUGGCUGUUGGGUGGGCAUUUGCCAAAUGAAACCUACGGUCGCUCCGCCGAAAGGAGAAUUGAGGGGACGUGUGAAUGGAUCCUCAGCACGCCGUGGUUUCUACACUGGUAUUCCCACGACUUCCCGGCAGGUCAUCCUAAGAUCCUUUGGGUAAAUGCCCCAGCCGGAUUCGGGAAGUCUAUUUUGUGCGCUAGAGUGGUUGAUCAUUUGAUUUCUACUCUCAACGAGCCCGUUUCCCAUUUCUUCUUUUCGACCGACGUCGAGAGAGAAGAUCACUAUGUCGCUAUCAGAGCAUGGCUUUCUCAAAUGAUGUCGCAUCCAACUGUUUUUGCCUUAAUCCGUGAUGUUUGGGCGCUUCAACAAGGAGUGAAGGCAACACGCCAUGAUAUAACUGACCUUUUAAGGGACAUUGUGCUAGCUGUCCCAGGAUGCACUCUCGUCCUGGAUGGUCUCGAUGAAUGCAGUCGGAUGGCCGAUCGUCGAGCCGACUCCAUUGCCGGGUUUCUAAACACGAUAGCACAAGCAAUUGCUGGAACACAAACUCGCUUGUUGAUUGUCAGCCGCGAUGAACCCGAAAUCAGAAAUUCUCUUUCCGCUAUAGAUUACGUGUUGCUUAUCCAGCAUAAGAUCACGCCCGAUCUAGUUCGACCGGACAUUGACAUAUACUCUCGAUCAAUAGUUGACAGAAAGCUAGCAAAGAAGACAGAGGUAGUGAGAAAAGAUAUCUCCCAGAAGCUUGCCGAUCGUUGCAAUGGGCAAUUCCUUUGGAUCAAGCUACAAGAGAAUGACCUACGCAGCACAGUCAAUCAAACAGCUCUGCAAAGAAUCAUCAACGCUACUCCCAUAGGGCUUGAGGAUGCGUACGAGCGUAACUGGAUGAGAAUAUCGCGGUUGCCCAAUGAGUAUCGACAACGAGCUUUCAACAUACUUCGAUGGGCUGCGUUUGCUCUGCGACCGCUGACGGUAAACGAGAUGGCUGGAGCUCUGCUCGUCACCGAGGAGGACGAAGUCCUUGUUGAUGAGAUACCUGAUGAGAUAGAUGAGGAUUUUAUUGAAAUUGAAAUCUUGAAUGAUUGCAGUUCUCUUCUUGAGAUCCGAAGCCCCGAUACAGAAUGCCCUGCUGGGAUGAAGACAAUUCAUCUGGCACAUUUCUCAGUGAAAGAAUAUCUCCUCCUUCACAUCCCAGCACAAAAUGGAGUGCUUCAACUCGAAUACAAAUUGGGAUCGUCGACCGAGCCCUCAGAGAGUAUUCUACUUGCGAAGAGAUGUCUCCGUUAUUUGCAUUGUCGAAAGGUUUGGGAUUCGACGACCGAGCAAUAUCAAUUGCUUAGCUGCUUCCGAAAAUACGCGGCCGAGUCAUGGCAGCAGCACUCUUCAGUGGAUGAAAAAAGAGACAACGAAUUAACAACACUUAUUCACGGUCUAUUCGAUACAGGGAACGCAAGUUGGAAGCAGUGGAAGGAAUGGUUCGACCUGAAUGUGGCGGCUAUUAUAGACGACCAAGUUGAUCAAAUAGCUUCAACUCCCAUGUGGUAUGCAGUUUUUCUUGGGCUAAUUGAUGUCGUCAAAAAGUUCAUCAAUGCCAGCAAGAAUGAGAUUGACAAAAGGGCAAAUAGUGGCUUUACUGCCUUGGGAAUAGCUUGCUACAGAGGGCAUCUGGAAAUCGCAAAAAUAAUGCUCGAAGCGGGGGCCGACAUGACAAUCCCUACAAUUGACGGAUCAACACCCAUAUUUACCGCUGCACGUAACGGGCAUAUAGAGGUGGUUCAACUUCUGAUUAAUGCAGGAGCGGAUUUGAGGGAGCCUGAGCGCACUUAUGGGUCAACACUACUUCACGCAGCCACUGAUUCAGGGAAUAUAAAUAUUGUUCAGUUACUUCUUGACUAUGGGGCAGAUGCCUCGGUCAAGAAUAACGCUGGAGUGACCCCUUUGCUCACUGCUUCGUGGGAUGGUUACCUCGAUAUUGUGUCUCUGCUUGUUAGUAAACAGGCGAAUAUCGAUGCUGCAGAUAGAAGCGGAUUCUCCCCGUUGAAUGCUGCGUUGGCUGAAGGGAGGCUAGAAAUAGCCAAAAUUCUUCUUGAUAAUCAUGCGAACAUCGAAAUUGCGACUGAACGCGGAUGGACACCAUUACAUUUUGCAUCGAGAAACGGAUCGCUCGAGAUAGUGGAGAUAUUAAUUGGCAAAGGCGCCGACAAAAACUCAGUUGACCGCGAAGGGUGGACCCCGCUAUUACGUGCCUGUUACCUUGGUCAUGUUGAUGUGGCUUCUUCUCUUAUCAGCCAUGGAGCCAACGUCGACAUCAGAGAUAGAUUCAACAGAUCCGCAUUGGACUCAGCAUCGACUAGUGGCCAUGUUCAGGUAGUCAGACUUCUCCUUCAGGAAGGAGUCGACAUCGAAGCCAUUGACGAUGAUGGGUGGACUGCUUUAAUCGCCGCUUCAAAUGCAGGUCAUUUUGAAGUUGUGCAGUUGCUCCUCGAGAACGGUGCAGACAUUGAAGCCGCGACAAAGUAUGGCUGGACUGCACUGAUCCACGCUGCGGAUAAAGGUCAUUUUGAAGUUGCUCAGUUGCUCCUUGAAAGCGGUGCAGACAUCAAAGCCACGGGUGACUAUGGUUGGACCCCACUGAUCCACGCGUUGCAUGAAGGUCAUCUUAAAGUCGUUGAGAUGCUACUUGACAAUGGUGCAGAAAUCGAAGCCGCCGGAAAUAAUGGGUUAAAUGCACUAUGCAACGCCUCAUUUAGAGGCCAUAUUGACCUUGUUUCGUUCUUUCUUAGCAGGGGUGCUGACAUUGACGCCACAGACAAUGAUGGGUGGACUCCACUAAUCAAUGCUUCAAAUGAAGGUCAUACUGAGGUUAUCCAAUUACUGCUUGAGAAUGGUGCAGAUAUCGAAGCUGCGACUAGCUAUGGCUGGACCGCACUAAUUCACGCUUCGUCUAAAUGUCACCUCCGAGCUGUUGACUUGCUUCUUGAUAAUGGCGCAGACAUGAAAGGUGCCGGCAAAAGUGGGUGGAAUGCACUAUGCAUCGCCUCUCUAAAGGGCUUUAUCCAGCUAGUUUCAAUGUUCCUUGACAAGGGUGCCGACAUCGAGGGCACCGACAAUGAUGGUCGGAAUGCACUGAUGAACGCUUCGAAUGGAGGUCAUAUUGAAGUUGUUCAGUUGCUUCUUGACUACGGUGCAGAAAUGGAGGCCACCAAUGACGGGCGCACUGCACUCAAAUAUGCGUCUUAUCAAGGCCAUUCGGGGAUAGUUAAAUUACUUCUUGAAAAUGGUGCAGAGACUGAAGCCACUGAUGACGAGCGGACUGCACUCUACCUUGCGUCAUAUCAAGGUCAUUUGGGUAUAGUUAAGUUGCUACUUGAAAAUGGCGCAAACAUCGAGGCAGCUAACAGCUCUGGGCUCACUCCGUUGAGUACGGCCGCCUAUAACGGUCACGUUGAAGUCGUGAGACUACUCCUUGCCAAUGGUGCGAAUUUCAAAACAACCGAUGAUACUGGACUCACCGCAUUACAUCAUGCCUCAGAUGCAGGUCAUCUGGCAGUGGUCAAGCUGUUAGUCGAAAAGUCUGCUGCGGCGAUUCAAGUCCUGGACAAAUGGGGUCGUACGGUACUAUAUCGUGCCGCUUCGAUGGGUCAAACAGACAUUAUUAGUUUAUGUCUUAACAACAAUGUCCCCGUGGACCUUGCAGACCACUGGGGCUCAACAUGCCUAUUCGCAGCUGUCAGGAAUGGCCAUUUCGAGGCGGUGAAGCAAUUGAUGCCCGUCACAAGUCUUACUAUUCAGACCCGAGAUAGUCUGGACCGUACUUUGUUUUGGUGGGCCAAGAAGAGUGGGAACGUUGAAGUUGUGGAGUUCCUGCUUCAACAUGCGGAAACCGCCGGCUUCAACAUCGCGGACGAAGAAUUACAGAUGGAAAUCUCUUCUUUAAAAUGUGAAAAAUGGCUGAGAUCUUGUGAUGUGUGCCUUCGUCAAAUUUUCUCUGGUAACGUCUAUCGCACGUGCCAGUCAUGCUUUGAUUUUGAUAUUUGUGUGGAGUGCUUUGGACUUGGUGCUCGAUGUAUGGAGUCCUCCCAUGAGAUGGCACUUCAUGAACCAGACGUCCUUCCAGAGAAGAAUAAUAAGGACAGUGUGGGAUGA